CGCAUCAAAACAAAAUCAUCGCGAAUUUACUCGAGUGCGGUCGGUCAAAAAAAACUAUCGGUCUCGAAAAAUAAUGAAAUUUAUAGUGAAAAUAUAUGUGCAACUUAUGAAAAAUUGGUGUUUAAGCUGGGCUAUUGCUGACUGAAAUAAGGUGUCAACUCAUGUUCCGUGUGGAUGGAUUCCGGAGUUAUUUCAUCCUCGUUUGGUCCCUCCAGGCUUGGGAUAUCCAAACUAUCAUCGGUGAUGGGUUCCUGGACGACGUGCGGAUUAUUUUCAUCAACUAUAAGGCAGAAAAUAAUAUUUCGCUGAGUGUCUAUAGAAUUGCCUUCGAACUGGGGAUUACUACUAGGCUUGGAAAUGUCGAUCCCUUCACUCGUCGUUGGCCGGAUGCCAAACGCCUCCCAAAAGUCGUAGCCACAGAUGAGAUCUUUCGAUAUCUCGGGGAUUACUACUGUCGGAACGACCUUUGUCUUCCCAUCGAAUGUGAAGGGUUAAACCUGUUUAUUAAGUCGAGAGAACUGAUGACCGAUAUGCUUGCGCCGGAAUCCAGCAGACCCGUGACUUCGGUGCCGAGAAUUUGCACGGUAAUAUGUGGGCAGGAAACUGAAAUCGAUUCCAUUCGUUUAUCGGAAAACACCUACACGGAUGGAGCGGACAAUUCACCAGACUGCAUCUGCGUGCCCAAUAACCUUUGUCGCACCGCAAUCACCGGGGAACGAGCAAGGGAUAGUCUUUGCGGCGUUGAGCAGAUCUGCUGCCGAAAGCACCAAAUCAUUUCCCAACAUCAUUCCCACGUCUCAACUGUACCUCCUCGACCCGUCGAACCUGUAACACCAAUCGCCUUGCACGCCGCGGUACCUGCAAUAGAUCUUCCAGUCGUACCAGAAGCCCCGAACCAAUCACUGCUAUUGGAAAUAUCCGCACUCCUGCAGGAGCUAAACAGCCAUGAACACCCCUUGGAACCCGAUGCCGAGUUUAUUUUUCAAACUACACCUCCUGUCCAAAUCUCCACCCCAGGUCUUCCAUCGACUACAACGCCGUACAAGCCGAUAGUUUUCUCCGAUUCACGACCUUAUUCGGAAAAAAGUGAAACAACCUCAUCUUCGAUUAGAACGCCAUCAGUUCAUGCGACUUCUACUGCAGCUCCGCCGAGACCAGCAAAAGCUAAAAAGUGUGGACAGCGCCGACUUGCUAUUGCAAGUCGCAUUCAUUUCCAGGAAUCGGAUGAAAGCAUCGAAGAUCCCCUCGAAGGAACGGCAAACUUCGGUGAGUUCCCUUGGUCGGUCUACCUGGAGGAGCGAAUUGGUAACGGCAGUUUCCUGUAUAAAUGCGGCGGUGCAUUGGUCACGUCCAAUGCUGUGGUAACCGCGGGUCACUGCAUUGCUAAUGCACGCGAUCAACCAGAGCGGUUUCAGAUCGUAGCAGGUGACUGGGACCGUCGUCAUAGUCAAGAAAGAUUGCCAAGCCAGAGGCGAGUCGUCAGUCGUAUUUUCCUCCAUCCAGACUAUUACUCGGGUUCGCUGUACAAUGAUAUCGCAGUUUUGAUCCUGGAUGUUCCUUUGGAUGAAUCCUUUUCGAAUGUGGGAAAUGUUUGUCUCCCAACGCAAGCAAGCGAUUUCAAAGAUGGGAACUGCGUGUUGACCAGUUGGGGAGCAUCUCCGUCAAGUCCUGCGCAAGAGGAAUCUAUUCUACGGUUUGUUUCUAUGCCUCUGAUCGAAGGCUCCAGUUGUGAGGAGCGACUGAGGUCUAAUUCUACAUUAGGCAGACGGUUUCGGAUGCACAAGAGCUUUCUGUGCGCUGGAGGGAAAGCUGGAUUAGAUUCAUGUAAGGGUUCCGGUGGUAGCCCUUUGGUGUGUGAACGAAACGGUUCUCAUGUGCUAGCUGGAAUUUUGUCCUGGGGAGUGAGUUGUGGAGAAGGUGUUCCGGUAGUAUUCACAAAUGUGGCCUUCCAAGCUGAAUGGGUGAGGAGAAAAAUUGAUAAUUUAGAUGACAAUAUUGUGUACUUUGUUUAGGAAUGUAUAUAACUUAAGGAAUGUUUGAAGAAUACAUGCAAAACACCUAAAGGCAUGUUUUGUUUCAAUAGAAUAAUUUUAUUUCAAGAAAAAAUAUCGUGAUAUAUUAGAAUAUAAUUUGAAGUAUUCAUAAAAAUAACAAUAAUAUAUAAUACAUUUGGCUCUCUGGUCUAAUGAAUAAAAAUGCUCUUUAUAGUAAACGUAUAAAACAUCA